AUGUCAACAUUUAAGAAUUUAAUCGUCUUUGGUGCACAUGGUAAAGUGGGCCAACAUUUGAUAAAGUUAAUUGCCAAGCUGAGUGUCAAUGCCACUGCAGUAGUUAGAAAUGACGAGCAAGCAGCAACUAUCAAGGAAAUUUCAUCCGGUGGUUCCAACAUCACUUCAGCUAAAUUAGAUCUUGCAGAUGCUUCAGUUUCAGACUUGGCAAAAAAUAUUAAAGGACACGAUGCUGUGGUCCUAACUGUUGGUUCUGCUGGAAAGAAUUUAUUGCAAGUUGAUUUGGAUGGAGUGGUUAAAGCUUUUGAAGCUACUGUUGAGGCCAAAGUCAGAAGAUUGGUCAUUGUUAGUGCAUUGUUUGCUGAAAACCGUGAGGCUGGGUUGAAGUCAGGACUUAGAAACUACUAUAUUGCCAAGCACUAUGCUGACCGUAUUUUGGUUGAUGAAUUUGGCGACAAGUUGGAUUACACUAUUGUCAAACCUACCAUUUUGACCGACGAUUCACCUAAAGGCAAGAUCAGGAUCGUACAGAGCCCCAACGACGACUAUGGAACUAUCACCAGGGCAGAUGUUGCCCAGGUCCUCUUUGAUACUCUCGGAUUUAAGGACACAUUUGGCAAGAGCUAUGACAUUGCUAAUGGAGACAAGAGCAUUGAAGAUCCAAAGACCUACCAAUAG